AACUCCAUUUAACACCACAGAAGAAGAGCUUCAGUCUGUUUUGUAACUGUUUGUUUUGAACACGUUGUUUUGCUUUUAUUUAUAAUAACUAAGUUAUUUAAAAACGAAUCGACCCAAAUUACAUCAUAAAUUAACUUAUGGUCGAUCUUAAUACAUGGCUUUACAUUAUAUAAGCUACGACCUGAUGAAAAGUAGAACAUUUGUGUUUUGGCGUUAGCAAACGCUUAAGAGGGACCAGCUGAUGCUCGGGUGCUUGAUAUUGUAUUCUUGAGGCCACGUCAACGGCAUUGUACGCCAAAUUAUAGCUAUGAAUCGAAAACGAGCCCUCAUUUCGGAUACGUUUAAGGUGAAGAAAAGAAGAGUAUUUACAGAGAAGUUUGGGGCUACCAAUAAUAACGAUGGACCGAUGGACAUCAAAUCCACCCUGCUGGACCUUAUGACGCUGUUCCCUAGAAAGAUAUUCAAUGACACGUUGCCUCAAAUUGUGCUGAAGCAUCAACUUUACAGCAUACAUGACGACAAGACUAUAGUGGACAGGCAACUGAGCGAACUUCGGGAAAAGGGAGAGCUUUUGAUGUUUCAACUGGGCUUUGACUCUGAUGCAUUUGGACUUGUGUUCACUUCGGACUAUAAAGCCAAAGUUUUGGCAUCACAAGAGGGCCAAGACACAAAAGGAACGGUUGAGAGGUUCCUCGAGAGUGUGUUGCCUGCCUGUACGGAUCUGAGCUUCAACAAAGACCAGAUGCUGAAAGAGUUCCUCUUCACAGACUCUGCAAUAACGCAACUUGUGAAGUCAGGGGUCCUUACUGUGAGGGAUGCAGGCAGCUGGUGGCUCGCCAUCCCCAACUCUGGGAAAUUCACCAAGUACUUGAUACAGGGCCGUAAAGCAGUGCUCACCAUGAUAAAGAAGUCAAAGUAUAGCGAAGUAUUAAAAGAACAGCUGGAGGAAAGGCGUACCAAUGCUCAAGUGAAGUUCCAGAUGAAAUACCACAUCCAUGAUAUUGUAGGUGCAGAGUUGGUUCAAAGGAUUCCAACAACUUCAGGGACAUUGCUGCGCUUUGUUGACUGAAUAACUGGGACCAAACAUGUGGAUGAUUUCCUUUUGCCUAAAGUGAAUGCAUGUCAAAAUGAAGGCAUAUGAAUAUGUAUGAUUUUCUUUUUAUUAUUUUCAUAAAACCUUGUGGGUUUAUACAUUUUAAAAGGAACAUUAUUAGGUUUACAGAAUAGUUUGUAUUAAAGUUGACAUGUUAAGCAUU